GAAUGGAACUGCUGCCGAUGCCAUCGACAUCACAGGGAAACAGCAACGCUUCCGCCAUAUUGAUAUCAAGUGAAAGUAUUGAUGAUGACGACAACGAAGAAGACAACUUCCUGGAUCAGGAAGGAAUGGAACUGCUGCCGAUGCCAUCGACAUCACAGGGUAACACCAACGCUUCCGCCAUACUGAUAUCAAUUGAAAAUAUUGAUGAUGACGAUGACGACGACGACGACGACGAAGAGGAAGAAAACAGUAGCGGUUUUCUGUUUCAACCAAAAAUAGAACUGCUGCCGAUCCCAUCGACAUCAAAGGGAAACAACAACGCUUCCGCCAUACUGAAAUCAAGUGAAAGUAUUGAUGAUGACGAAAACGAAGAAGACGACUUCCUGGAUCUGGAAGGAAUGGAACUGCUGCCGAUGCCAUCGACAUCACAGAGAAACAGCAACGCUGCCGCCAUAUUUAUAUCGACUGAAAAUAUUGAUGAUGAUGACGACGAAGAAGAAGAAGACAGCUUUACUACUCAAAAGCUGUUUUCGUUUGCUUGGCAAAUAGCAAAGGGAAUGAAUCAUCUCGCAGAGAAAGGCUUCAUUCAUCGUGACCUUGCAGCUCGUAAUAUUCUGGUUGGCAGUGAUAACCGAGUCAAAGUGUCAGACUUUGGGUUGAUGAGACAGAUAUACGAGGASGUGUAYRGUGGAAAGAAUACGAAGAAGCUUCCUGUGAAAUGGAUGGCCCCAGAAUCAAUUAAUGACAGCAUUUACACCAUCAAGAGUGAUGUCUGGUCCUUCGGCAUAAUUCUUUGGGAAAUGGCCACCAUGGGUAAGUUAAACAAAAACUAUUACUUUUUCUUAUUCAUACCAAAUUCUUUCUUCCUUUUUUUCCGAAAUUAGCCAUUACUUUCUUAUGAGGCAAUAAUUUGU